AUAGUUAUACGCGCGGCAUCGACGUUGUUUUUGAGGUUAUUUCGCGCUGCUUCCUCGAUGUCAUCGUUGUACGUAGAUUCGCGCGAAGAAGCUUUUCUCGUCGAUUUUCUCGUGCUUUUUACGCAUCGUGUCGAUCAUUCAAGACGGGUCGUUUACAAAUUUGCUCACGAAUGCCACGCAGAGAGUAAACUCGAGAAAACGCGUCAUAUGUAAAGCGAGCAAAAUAUAGGUCUGUGGUUCGUGUCUGUGUGUACUUAUAUAUAGCUUCUGCUACGCGCACAUAUCGCUGCUUAUUAUACGUACGAGAGUCGUGUUUGUGUUUUUAUAAAAUGUACUGUUACGUUGGCCGUUAAUUCCAUGUUUACUUCUUCAUAUUUUUUUGCGAUUUACGAACGAAAUUAUUAAUUAAUCAUCGUCGUCGUCGAUCAUCAUCGCCACACCGGUGGAAUUUUAUGCAAUGUAAUUGCGCCUCCUCGCGCGCUAUCUAAUCGUACGCAGUUCAACUCCGUUGAAUAACAUUAUCGUUUCCCAGCAUCGCUCUGCACAGCAGCAGCUCUUGUCUUUAUCAAUUUUUUUUCUUUUCUCCGUGUGUGCGUGUGUCUAUACCCGUUCGACUGUCAUUUACUUAUGUAUCGUAAGCAUACAGGUUAAUCGCUUCGACCCAAGACAGAUCCAGGGUGCUACUGUGGAUUUGAUAUAACCUUUUUUUGAGAAUCGCCGAAAGUCGCCUUGCGACACAAUCGCUGCACAGCAAUGGAGACUAGCCCGCCGUAGUGCCAUUCUAAUGCUAUCGUAACUCUUAUAAAAACCAAAAAAAAAAAUCGUAAAACACAGCAUACAUUAGAUAUUAAAAAAAAAAACAAAACAAAACGACCAUGACGGGAGGUGCGGGGCUCGCGAUAUUGUCUCUGGUCAGGUUAGACGCGAGACUCUUGCUAGCCACAGGAUCACGCGGAAGUCGAGUGCUGCUGCCAAGAACGGGGGGUGGUGGUGGCGGCAUUCCAUCGAGCCGAUCCUUCCAUUUUCGUACACUGUCGCAACGGACCUCGCCGCUACUCGGCGAUAGGCAGGCUCACUUUAGACUCUCAAGACUCUUGAGGAGCAACAGAUUUUCCAUGGCCAACGAUUACUCAACGUACAUCCCCACGGAUUUGCUGGUGGAGACCAACGUCUGCAGCCCGGAUUACGACGGUGUCGUGCUCGUGUCGGGCAAGCCGCCGGGCCAGGGCGAGGAGCCCGAGCCCUUCAAAUCCGUCCUCUACUGCAGCGGCCAGCUCGACUCGGGUCUGUUCGACUGCGGCGCCGUGCUGCCCAUCAAUUUGCCGGCCAAGCGGCUCGUCUACAGCCCCACGGGCGCCAUCAAUCCGGACUACGACGACGUGCGCGUGUUCAAGGAGGCCGCCGCCAAAGGUAUCAAACGAGCUCUGAAAGCAGGUGUGAAAUGUCCGCUGCUCGUGCUGCUGCCCGACUCGCGCUUCGAGAAUGUGGAAUUAGUUACUCUGCUCGGCGCCCUCGAGGCUCUCUACGUGCCCCUGGAGGUACGCGAAAUCAGUGCGGAACGCACCCACAAGGCCAAGCGCCUCGGUGUCUGGAGCCCGAUCUGCGCCACGAAGCUUCAGGGCGUCGUGAAGCUCGCCCAGGCCCUCGAGAGCGGCAGAUACGUCGCUCGUGACAUCGGUGGCGCCGACCCGGAGCGCAUGGCCGCGCCCCGCGUCGAGGAGUACCUGCGCCAGCUCUUCCACGGCUCGCGCGUCUCCGUCCAGUCGAUCUGCGACGAGCCGACCCUGCUCAAGGAGUACCCGUGCCUGGCCGCGGUCAAUCGUGGCGCUUCCGUCACGCCCCGGCAUCAGGCGCGUGUCAUCUUUCUGACCUACGAGCCGCAGGACCCGAGCUGCGUCCUCGAGACUGUGAUGCUCGUGGGCAAGGGCGUGACCUACGACACGGGCGGCAACGACAUCAAGACCGACGGCCACAUGGCCGGCAUGAGCCGCGACAAGUGCGGCGCCGCCGCCGCGGCUGGUUUCAUGCAGGUCGUGAACGUGCUGCAGCCGCCCACCGUCAAGGUGGUGGUGGCCCUGGGCGUGGUGCGCAACAGCUGCGGCGAGAACGCCUACGUCUCGGACGAGGUGAUCACCGCGCGCUCCGGCGCUAGGGUGCGCGUCACCAACACCGACGCGGAGGGCCGCAUGGCCAUGGCCGACAUCCUCUACCACGUCAAGGAGAUGGCCCUGUGCUCGGUGAAUCCGCACAUCUUCACCAUCGCCACUCUGACCGGACACGCCGUCAAGUCGGCCGGCAGCGGAUACUCGAUCGCCAUGGACAACUCGGUGGCCCGAUCGAUAUCCAACGCCUACAAGCUGCAGGCCUGCGGCGAGGUGAUGGGCGACCCGUUCGAGGUCUCGGUGCUGCGCAAGGACGACUUCACGAACUACAAGGGCAAGUGCGAGGGCGACGACGUGCUGCAGACUCAGGGCCGCGGCGCCAGCACCGCCGGACAGCGCGGCCACCAGGGCGCCUGCGCCUUCCUCGUCCUCGCCUCCGGACUCGACAAGCACGGCAAAGCGUCCGAGAAGCCACUGAGGUACAGUCACUUGGACAUCGCGGCGAGCGCGGGCGAUCUGCCCGACGCGCCGACCGGCGCACCGAUCUUGGCCUUGGCCAAUCGUUUCCUCACCAACGAAUUCAAGGCUUUGAAAACCGAGGAAUAAAUAAUAAAAA